GCUAUUGAGUCCCUCAUUCAAGAACUGUGUUGUGUGUUCGCUGUUUCUGCAUUCUUAUAUGCAGCUAGGUAGAUAACUAACGUUAGCUAACUGUUCAAAUAUGAACGCGCCACCGGCAUUCGAGUCAUUUCUGUUGUUUGAAGGGGAAAAGAAAAUCACAAUCAUCAAGGACACAAAAGUCCCGAACGCCUGUCUCUUCACGUUGAACAAAGAGGAUCACACGCUUGGUAACAUCAUCAGACAACAACUUCUGAAAGACCCCCAAGUGCUAUUUGCUGGCUACAAGGUCCCUCAUCCUCUGGAGCACAAGAUUGUGAUCCGUGUUCAGACCACACCAGACUACAGUCCUCAGGAGGCUUUCACUAAUGCCAUCACUGACCUCAUCAGUGAGCUGUCCUUGUUGGAGGAGAGAUUCAGGGUUGCAAUUAAAGACAAGCAAGAAGGAAUUGAAUGAGGAUUGGUGCAUACUGUUGUGAAAGAAGAUGUCAUUUUGAAGAUCACUUUUCAUUUGACCAGGAUUCUAUAAAAGUUCUCUGUUUUGGACUUACCAUUACUGCCAUGCUAGGCACAGCAUGGCCUCUGUAUCCAAAGUACUGAAUGGAGUUUUGAGUUAGUUUUCAUUCUAGACCAUGAUAACAUAUUUGCAGGAAUGGAUGUAAUUGUAUCAGUUAAAUAAUACUUUUUUCACACACUGAAACAUAAGGAAAUUGGUGAUUUGAAACAGAUUCUGAAAUCAUAGAGUGGAUUGAUUAAUUCAAAACAGAAGCACAUGUUGUUUUACUAAUUUGAAUUCAAUACUGUAGUUUGUUAGGUAUGUGCUGAAAGAUGACAAGCAUGGUUUAAAACUUUAUUUCAUGGAAAUAUUUAGCAUGAUAUCUAUUCCUGUUAAAUGCGUUAGUUUUGCAAUACCCGACAUGCUCCUUAUUUGGCCCUACAUUUUCUGAGAAUAGUGUGUCAUGUACAGGUAAGGUUUGUUUUUGUUUUUCAAUAAAUCAUUCUUGUAAUA